ACAGACAAUAACAAGAUGAGAAACCAUGUUAAACUUACUACUUAAAGUCAUUACAAUUUCUCGUUCAUGUUGUUCCAUUUGUCCCCAACUUGACCCCGAUAGAAUAGACGAACUUUCUCAUUGUGGUGGUCAUUGUUUUGUCAUUAUAAGGUACCUAUACAUUUGUUUGUUGUAUAUAAGUUUUUUAAUUCAUCAUAAUUUGCCAAAUCGUUGCAAAAUGGAAACCUCACUGCCUCUAGCCACUGAAAGCUUCUCAUAUAGUUGGUUACCAAAUUGCAGAACCCGUUCAAACAACCUUAAGGAGCCUCUUCUAGAAUCUACUUACAAUAUAAGUGAAGGCACUACAAACACCCCUUUUAUAGAAGAAUGCCAAAACUUCAAUUUUGAUAUUUCCAUCACUCAAUCACCUUCUGUUCUUGCUCUUGCUGAUGAAAUUUUCUCUGAUGGCCUUAUUAAACCACUAUUUGUUGAUCCUUCCAAAUUAGAGUCCUGCCAUACCACCCCAGAUUCCACACAAUCCAAGCCUAGUUCUUCCUACUCUUCAAGAGUUACUUCUCCAAGAACAGUGGAAAUCCAUCAUGGUUUCCUUACAAAGUGGAAAACCUCUACAUGUAGAACCUUGAGAAACCUUUCUAGGUAUGUUAAUCAACUAUGUCAGAAAGUUGGAAGCUCAAGGAAAAGUACUAGAGUUGAUGAUUUUGAUAAGGAAGAGUGGGAAGUUAAAAGCUGGAGCAGUUCACAGCAAGCAUCUCCAAAAUCAAUUACUGUCAAGCCCAUUGGUGCUUUGCAUGAUCAUGAGAACUCAAUCUAUGAAGCAGUCCUCCACUGCAAAAGAUCAAUAGAAAAAUGAUCCUUCCUCAAAUAAAGAGAAGAGAAUUUGUAGAAGGAAAUGGGUGGCAAUUGACUAUGCAUGUUAACUUGAAUGUUAUUUUAUUUCUUUACUUAAACAAGAAGAGGUGCUUUGGCAGAUACCAGCUGAGGGAUUUAUAAUACAAAUUUCAGGAAAUGUUGGGUUGGAUCCUACUGCUUCAUGAUUUUGUACAGAUAAGAACUAUGUCACAAACUAUAUAUGUAUUGUAUUCUUAUUGUAUAAAAGAUAACAAUUAAUCAAUUCCUUCUUUCUUCUCUUUUGUUUCUCACUCUAAAAUGUCAAUAAAAUUUCAGCAAUGAGGUUUCACUGAAAAGUGUUUAUAAAAACAAGGUUACUUCAAGCCAUGAACAUGAUGAUUAUAGCACAUAUACACUACAAGAGAAAGCAGGAUGGCUAAAUUGUGAACCAUGACAAGAAUAUGUAAGAAAAAAUCUAUAUCAUUUACUU